UGUUCAUGCUUAUUAGGAAGAGGGUUGCUGUCACACGGUUCCGAGGGAUGUAGCAGCUCUCCGCCGAGGACGCCCCCACAAGCAAGUCACUUUUACAGGUUGUUUUGUUCUUGUUGGACCCGCCACGACGAUGGAGACGAGCCCCAUACCGGUGGUGACGGUCCAAACCACCCCCUUUGACGACCAGCGGCCCGGUACCAACGGGCUGCGAAGGAAGACGGCCGUGUUCGAGAGCAAAAAGAACUACCUUCACAACUACAUCCAGAGCGUCCUGUCCUCCAUCGACCUCCGGGACCGUCAGGGCUGCACCAUGGUGGUGGGCAGCGACGGUCGCUACCUGAGCCGCGGGGCCAUCGAGGUCAUCGUCCAGAUGGCGGCAGCCAAUGGGAUCGGUCGCCUGGUGAUCGGCCACAAUGGCCUCCUGUCCACCCCUGCUGUGUCCUGCAUCAUCAGGAAGAUCAAAGCUAUCGGUGGGAUCAUCCUCACAGCCAGUCACAACCCUGGAGGCCCCGGAGGGGAUUUUGGUGUUAAGUUUAACGUAGCUAACGGAGGUCCAUCUCCAGACACGGUUAUGGAGAGGAUCCAUCAGGUGAGCCGCACGCUCGAGGAGUACGCCAUCUGCCCUGACCUCCGCAUCGACCUCUCCAGACUGGGACGACACGACUUUGACCUCGAAAAUAAGUUCAAACCUUUUCGAGUGGAGAUUGUGGACUCUGUUGAGGUGUAUCUCCAACUGUUGCGAAACAUCUUUGACUUCAGCGCCAUCAAAAGCCUUCUCACGGGACCAGAGCAGCUAAGAAUAAGCAUCGAUGCUAUGAAUGGAGUGAUGGGCCCUUAUGUCCGUAGGAUCCUAUGCGAUGAGCUUGGGGCCCCUGCUAAUUCCGCCGUCAACUGCGUUCCGAUGGAAGAUUUUGGGGGCCGGCCCCCCGAGCCCAAUCUGACAUAUGCCUCUUCACUGGUGGAUGCCAUGAAAGGAGGCGAUUUUGGCUUGGGCGCUGCUUUUGAUGCAGACGGGGAUCGCUACAUGAUCCUUGGCGAGAACGCCUUCUUUGUGAACCCGUCCGACUCUGUCGCCAUCAUGGCUGCCAAUCUCUCCUCUGUACCCCACUUCAGACAGCAGGUAGUCAAGGGUUUUGCCAGGAGUAUGGCCACCAGUGCUGCGCUGGACAGGGUCGCUAAAGCCAUGAAGCUGGCACUCUACGAGACCCCCACCGGUUGGAGGUACUUUGGGAACCUGAUGGACUCCGGCCGUUGUUCCCUCUGUGGGGAAGAAAGUUUUGGGACAGGUUCAGACCACAUUCGUGAAAAAGAUGGCUUGUGGUCAGUGUUGAUGUGGCUGUCAAUCAUGGCUGCUAGAAAACAGAGUGUGGAGCAGAUUGUCCGAGAGCACUGGGCCAAGUUUGGACGCAACUACUUCUGCAGGUUUGACUAUGAAGGCCUCGAGCCCCGCGCUGCCUUCUACCUGAUGAGGGAUCUGGAGUCGAUCAUCUUGGACAAAGCUUUCACCAGCCAGAAGUUUGCUGUAGGAGAUCACAUGUACAAUGUGGAGCGGGCUGACAACUUUGAGUACAUAGACCCGGUGGAUGGAACAGUGGCGAGAAACCAGGGUCUGAGAAUCGUCUUCAGUGACGCAUCUCGCCUGGUGUUCCGAAUGAGCGGAAGUGGUGGUGGCACGGGCGCCGUUAUCCGCGUUUAUGCAGAGAGCUUCGAGAGAGACCCUGAAAGACAUAGCAGAGAGACCCAGGUGGUGCUGGGUCCUCUCAUUGCCAUCGCGCUCAAGCUUUCCAACAUCCACGAAAGGACAGGACGCCGUGGGCCGAACGUGAUCACAUGAAUGUAGGGAGGGGGAAAAAAACCACAUUGCUCCGCAAAUAUAAAGUGCCUAGAAAUCAGACUGGCCUGUAAGUAUAUUUAACAAAAAAAGAAAACUGUUCUAACUACAAGUUUUUUAAGUAUAGAUGAAAAAUGUGAAAACACGACAAAUGAAUGCCAAUGUGCAUUUAUUUGUGCUUUAUGGAGUUGUUUAGCACCUACCAGGAAUUAUCAACACAUGCUGAGACACUUUUCCCCCCAUGUUGUUUCUAUGAGCCACUAAAAAAACACUUUCUUGUAAACUCAAGCCGGCAAUUCAUCACAGCUAAUAAAUCUUUGUGAAAUGAAUAUGACUGAGUUUUAUAUCAGUAGCAGGAUUGAGAAUUUGAAACAGCACAUCAAUUAGUA